AUGAAAAUAUGGUUCCUUGGAGAAUCCUUGGAGAAGAAUAGCGAAAAAUGGCUGAGGGCGAUGAGGGUUUUAUUUCUCGAAAACAAUGCUGUCGAAAUUGGCCGCUCUAGUGCCGACGACGACGCCAAUGCCACAAUUCUCCGAAAAAAGAGCAUGGCCAAACCACUUAACAAAUGGACUACUUCGGAGAAAGCAGGCUUCGUCUGCGUAGGAACCCACAAGCUCUACGUCUCAACCUCCGGGCCCAUUCGCAUACCAGGCGACCCGUUACUGAUCGUCUUCCCGGGCGCGAACGCCGCCUGCGAAUCUUGGGAACCGGUAUCAUCUCUCCUCCAAGACACCGUACGUGUCCUUCUAUACGACCGCUCUGGGCUAGGCCGCAGCGAACACGGUCCGAAUCGGGAUACUGGACCCGUAGCAGCGGACGAGCUCUCCAAGCUGCUCCAAGCCGUGAACCUGCCCGGUCCGUAUGUCCUUGUGGCGCACUCUUACGGCGGCUGUGUGGCUCGAGAGUUUCUGCACCUGCACGCCAGGGACGUGGUCGGCAUGGUGCUUUCGGAGACGGGCACGGAGACCAUGAGUCGGUAUGCUGAGGAGCAGUAUCGGAGACAGGUGCUUGGCCAUCGUCCGCUGAGCGUUAUCCGGGGCGAGUCCGCUUUCAGCGCGCGGCGGGGUGAGGAUGUCAGCGUGUCAGAUGAGCAGCGCAGAGCGCGUGACGGCAUGCUUGAGGCUAUGGGUAGAGCUGACGAGCAGUUGAAGAGAGAGCAGUUGAGGUUGUCAAGGAAUAAUAGGUUCAGGAAUGUCCCCGACUGUGGACACAACGUCCAUCUCAGUCGUCCUGAUGUCGUCGCUGAGGAGGUUAAAUGGGUUUUGUCAAAUCUAAUGACAGUGAGAGCAAAGAGGAGUUGGGUCGGUUUCACAGAUCCACGAUUAUUUUUCGGGUUUGUCAGAUCUUGGGGCUUUCUUGACCGCAGGUGA